AUGGAUACGACAGAGGGAAUGUUGGACAAGUACAAGGAGAACAAGUGCGAGGAGAAGAUGUUGGUUUCCGCCACUUCCAGGAUUGAUGAGUUAGUGCCAUUGAUCGCAUAUCUCAACAAUCCAGACAGGGUCAAUCAGACUGAUUAUAGUGAUCUACUCACAACAGUAUGUGCGAGAAUGAAGAAGAUAUCGAUGCGAGUCAAGGGCAUACUGGACAACAACCUAUACAAUGAUGUUGUCAAGCAUGGAUGGAUAGAGAAGAGGUCUGGCAACAACCAGACCUUCAAGACAUGGAAGAAGAUGUGGUUCAUAUUGAAGCCAACAGAGUUACAUUAUUAUGUAAAAGAUAGAGGAUUGACAAAGAAGUCAUUGUCGACGUCAUCUGGUGCAUUGCAGACAGCAGCGCAGCCACCUGCACCACAGCUACAUUUGGAGGCGGAGCUGGGCAAGAAGAAGGAGGGCAAGGCGUGGAAGGUGCGCUGGGUCAAGCUGUGGGACACCAAGAUGGAGAUCUAUCGUACACAGCGCGAUCAGGAGAUACUUCGCACAUUCGACAUCAAGGACAUUGAAUGGUGCGAUGUCUACAAGGACAUGUCCAAGCGAUUCGUCGUCAGCGUCAUGGGCGUCAAGUACUACUUCCAGACCAUCACCAAGGACGACCUGUACAAAUGGGUCGAGGCCAUCAAGGAGCGUAUCGCCUGGCACAAGAAGCAGCGCACCCAGCUGAGCAUGGACCUCACUCAGUUCGCCCUCAAGGGUAUCAUCUAUCUUGGAAACAUCAAUUCAAUCCAAGAUUGUACAAAGUUCAACAGCCAACAACAUUGCAUUGGAUUGGUGACGGAGAAGAGAUGCACAUUCCUCUCAUUCGACAGCGCAGAGGAGAAGGGUGAGUGGCUGGCAUGCAUACAGGAGCAGCUGACAAAGAACAAUCCAUUGGUUGCCACGCAUGGAGGCCAGGAUGGUGCCGGUGACGCGGAUGGCACUCAGGCGACAGCCAUCUCCACUCCUGCCUCCAUGAUCACGCCUCUCACCUCAUCGCUCCAUAGCACAGGCUCUGAUGAGGAGGCAGAGCUGGGCUCACACAUUCCCAAGAAGAGAUCACAGACCUCGUUCGCCGCUCUGCCCCACUCCGAUGCGUCGGGCAGUGGCUCAGCCAAGGACGACGAUGGGGACAGCGGCGACGAGGCCGAUUCCAACCCUACAUCCAUCUCAUUGAUAUUGAAGAAUGAGAUAUUGCGACGAUCAACGCACAACCUGUUGAACACAUUCAAGCUGGAGGUGUACGUACCGAUGUACCCGGAGUUGGAGACAUCCACAUUCCUCUUCUCCGACUCGGUGCUGGUCGAGCAGGCAAAGCACUUCAUCUACAAGAAGAUCCCACAGCUGCAGACGUCGCCGGUGGAUGACUAUCGGUUGGGCCUGGACGAGGAGACACUGCUGGAGGUCGAGUUCCUCAAGUUUAUGUACUGCAACACCAUGAUCGAGCUGGCCCUCAACACCUGCGGCAUCGUCAAGAUUGGCAUUUUCAACACGCGUCGCGGCUCCAGGGACAGGCUAACGGUCAACCACCGACUGGCUGCCACUCGUCCAUCCAUGCGAAUGCUCGAGAACACAUCAUCGUCGCCAACACUGAACGUGCCUGUGGUCAAGGAUGACUCUUCGCCCGCUGGCAACACAACGGGAGGCAGGACCUCGCCAGCUCCCAGCCCAACAUGGGUGGACGCCUCGCCACGCACUCCAUCACCAUCGAUGACUGUUAAUAUUCCACCACCACAGAUGUAUAAUGAGUCGGCUGCAGCGUCGACGUCUCUCUCGGUGCUACCUUCGCCAAACCUGCUGUUGUCUGCCGAGCCAAUGCCUACACUGAACCUGAGCGUGCCAGCCGCUGGCACAUCAUCUUCGCCACCAAGGAAGUUGAGCCACAAGAGUCGCAGAAUGUCGGCCACUGACCUCCAAGCCUUUGUCACACUGAAGAAAUCGCCAUUGAUGCAGUCGUGCUCGGGCUGGACCAUUGAGCCCGUCACCACCGCCAACAUUGACUUUGACAACCUCAUACUUAACAAGCCACAUACAUCAUUCUAUCGCAAGUGUAUACUUGAUUGCGAGAGUGUCCAGAGCUACCUGGGCGAGGACUCCAAGGUUGGACCAGUAGCAUUCUCAUUGGUCAAGGACUUUGUACAGGACGUGUAUAGAGGCAUAUUGCAUACCAAGUUGGGCGUCAAGACUUGCGCACUGGACUGCAAGACCAUCAACUUUGGCAAUAUAGCUGCGCUCUCCAAGGCACUAAAGAAGCGAAAGAUUAUCAGCCACCUGGUGCACCAGAUGGAUUCUAGGGUGGACUGCCGACAACUUCGUUUGGCGCCCAACCAAUCAGGCCUGCAGAAGGAGUUGCUGACGCUGGAAGAGAGACAGACCACCAGUGGAUUCAAGUUUGGACUGGUAGUUUGCAAGGAUGAUCAGGGCACAGACGAUGAGAUCUUCUCCAACCGAUCUGGAAGCCAAGAGUAUGAGGAGUUCCUUGGACUGAUGGGCACUAAGAUCGAACUGAUGGGCUGGCCAAACUACUCGGCUGGUCUGGAUGUCAGAGCAAACACCACUGGCACUCACUCACUCUACACAGACUUUAAGGGCAACGAAGUCAUGUUCCAUGUAUCCACCAUGUUGCCAUACUGUCCAGGCGAUCCACAACAGAUAGAGCGUAAACGACAAGUUGGAAACGAUAUCUGUGUCAUCAUCUACAACGAUGGUUCACAGAGUUAUGUUCCAUCAACAAUCACAUCACAUUUUAACCACAUUGUAAUAGUAGUCCAAUUCGAUAGGAUCAAUGAUUCAUACAAGGUAUCAGUGGCGACAAAGGACCAAGUCGAGUCCUUCGAGCCACCAGUUCCUCAAUCAGUGAAGCGUGAACAGUUGCGAGAGUAUAUAAUUACCAAGUUGAUUAAUGGAGAGAUGGCAGCAUUACAAGCACCAGUGUUCUUCCACAAGAUUACAAGAACUAGAGAGACACUACUCAAGUACUUCAUCGAGCAAUACUCUCACCAUGCUGCAUGA